AUGUUCGUUGGAGCGUUUUAUGCGCUAGCCGCUGUCUGUGGAAUUCUGUACUUCUAUACGAAAAGUGCCGCAAAUGAAGGAAACGAGGAUUCUAACUUCAAGAGUUUCCAAAGAACCUAUCUCGUUGUAUAUUUGAUGGCAGUAGCCGGAGACUGGCUUCAGGGACCCCAUGUUUAUGCGCUUUAUGAGUCCUACGGUAUGACGAAACAUCAAAUCGAAAUCUUAUUCAUCGCUGGAUUCGGGUCAAGUCUUAUUUUCGGAACAUUCAUAGGAUCGAUUGCGGAUAAAUUCGGACGACGUAACAAUUGUCUUAUGUAUGCGAUAUUGUAUGGCGGAUCUUGCAUCACAAAACAUUUUGGGAAUAUCAAUGUAUUGAUGAUUGGUCGAUUCCUUGGAGGAGUCGCCACCUCAAUCCUCUAUUCAGCCUUCGAAUCGUGGCUCAUCUACGAGCACAACACGAGAGGAUUUUCUGAAAACCUGCUUGGAACAAUUUUCUCAAAUGCCGCUCUCGGAAAUUCUCUUAUCGCUAUCGCUUCUGGUGUCGCUGCGCAAUUCGUUGCUGACAUUUUCGGUUUUGUAGCUCCAUUCGAUCUCGCACUUUCCGUUCUUUUGAUUAUGGCGGUGAUUAUUAUGAACACUUGGCCAGAAAACUAUGGAAAUGAAAAAGCUGAAGUUCAAGAGUCUUUCCAAAAAGCAGUCGCAAUUAUCCGGGAAGAUCCAAAUGUUUUCUGCUUGGGACUUGUUCAGUCACUGUUCGAAGGAUCUAUGUACACUUUCGUGCUCGAAUGGACUCCUGCUCUUACACUGGCGGCUCAUGGAGAUCCAAUUCAACAUGGAUAUAUCUUUGCGGCUUUUAUGGUUGCAACAAUGAUUGGAUCGUCAAUUUUCAAAUUACUUCAGAAACGCCAAAAACCAGAAGACUUCAUGAGAUACGUUCUUAUGCUGGCUGCGGUAUGCUUGUCUAUGCCAAUUGUUGCUCCAGACAACUUGGGUCUUGUUUUUGCCGGAUUUCUUCUUUUUGAGGUCUGUGUUGGAAUUUUCUGGCCUUCCAUGGGAUGCCUACGUGGUGCCUACGUAUCUGAAGAGACUCGCUCGACUACAUUGAAUCUUUUCCGAAUUCCACUCAAUCUCAUUGUUAUCUUCAUUUUGCUAAAGAACUUCACAAUGAUCUCAAUUUUCAAAAUUUGCGUGUUUUUCCUUUUCGCCGCUGCUCUUGCACAACAUUAUCUCUACAUACGAUCCGAAUCCAUGCCGAGAAAGGAAAAACUUCCGAUAAUUAUUGAAGACGAAGGAUUAUAA